AUGUAUUUGCGCGAGUCAGCAGCACACGAAGAGGGCCAAGAUCGGGUGACCGGAUCGGAGACAGUCGUGGUUCGAUGUUCCAUUGGCCGUUGGUUGUCCAACCAGUCGGCCCCUAGACGCAACCCUACCCUCCAGUCCCAGAAGAGCAGUGGACUGGCCCGACUGGCACGACAACAACCUGAUGACAGGUUUAGCUGGCCGGUCUUGCGAGAAUUUAUGCCAUCCACUCAUUUGGACUGGACAGCCUUGCUCUUGUGUGACCGACCCACGGUGGAAUAUGAGGCGGCGGAGUUCCGGCUUGCGCUUUACAGGGCCUCGACAAAAGUCACAUUUGGCAAGGAGGACUGGAAGAGUGAGUGA